CCCCGCUCCAGGAAGGGCGGGUUCCCCGCCGCCACAGGAAGGGGCGGAUCCUUCCCCCGGAGCCGGACGCGGACACGGAGUCGGAGAGAAGCGGCUCCGGCAGCAAAGACCGGGAAACAUGUCGUAUAAACCCAACCCGGGGGGGUCACAGAGCGUGAUCAAUGUCAACUCCCCAUCGUCAGCUUUGUCUGUCACGUCAUUCAGGCCACUAUUCAAUGACUUCGGGCCACCCUCCAUGGGAUACAUGCAGGGUCUGAAACCAUCCCAACCCUCCCAAAGCACCUACUCCGACCUCUUGUCGGUCAUCGAGGAGAUGGGCAAAGAAAUCCGGCCGACUUACGCGGGUAGUAAGAGCGCCAUGGAGCGACUGAAACGGGGUAUAAUCCACGCCAGGGCACUGGUCCGGGAGUGUUUGGCCGAGACAGAGCGAAAUGCCCGGUCAUAGCAUCGAGAGCAGCCCCACGGACCGAGUGCGGCAUUCCCGCAGCCCCUUCCCGAUCCCACCCUUUCAAGGCCGAAUGUCCUGAUGAUUCCUUGUGGCCGCGCCAGCGGGGAGGAGAACCGAACAAUUAAAUUUUUUUCUUCAAA